GCUAUUUAUGGACACUGGAGUCCACUGACCUUCUUUACAAACACAGUAGUUUGGGCCCCUGUGUGGAAACAUCUUUUUACUGGGUCUGUCCCUUGAUUCUGACACAAGCACUUUCGGUGUACUCACAAAACAAAAAUUGUAUCAUUAUCUAUUCACCCACAUGCUGAUGGAAGGAUGUGUUUCAUAAAGUCCACAAAGCAUCCUGUUUGCUGUUUCGCAGGAAAAAAAGUGUUGCAAUAUUCAGCUAAUCAGAUGGUGUAGAUUGGGACAUGAAGAUAUGAAAAUAGAUAAAUAAAAUGGCUCCAUACGGCAUAAUAAAAGUCUUCAGAAUCCCUGAGAUCUCAAAUGGAUUCAUGAAGAUUUUAUUUACUCCCUUUUUUUAAGAUUAGCUGCUAAGCUAAAAGCAUUAAUGCACCCCGUCUGAAGUGGGAAAAGUUUAACUUGAUUGCUCACUUGCAACAGAUCAGGUACUGCACAUGCUGUGUAACUGACUAUUUUCCAAAGCACACCGCCGUUUUCCUUUUAUUCCAAGCAGCUACUUUCGUUAUGAUUUGAAAUCCACGUUGCAAAUAUCUGGGACUUGCCUCACAGAGAUAAUGCACCACUGUAAUCAUUAAACAACAUUCUGAUUUGUGAGUUUGAACAUCUCCUCCAGACUGAUUCAAGGUCACUUGGGAAGGCAAGACAUCUGAGACUUGGCCACUGCAGCGACCUCUUCAAUGCGAGAAGCUACUAACAUGAUUCAUCCUGUGGGUUAUAUUUUUCUAUUGUUUAACUUCUGUGUCUUCAUUUCCAACAGUAUGGCCACUCAGUAUAUUCACAAAGCCUUGCUGUGAAGCUAUUUUAGAGCCUCUCGGCUGAAGAACAUUCCUGUAAAGCAUUACUCUGACUAUUCAAGACAAUGCUUGAUAUCUUUUAUUACCCCACAGCAAUAGUGUAUCUGACAAAAGAUGGGAGGGAACUUAUUUUCACUUGAAUGGAUAACUAACCCCAAGCAUGUUUUAACUCUCCACAAUUUUAAUUGGACAGUGGCUCCAUGGAUGGUAGGAGAAACAUAGUUCAGGAUGCCCUCCAGCCUUUUCAUAAGACAUAUCAAAUCUUCUACAAUUUGAGUUUCAUUGGGUUUUUAAAGGAAAAGUUCAAUAAACCAAUUAAAAGUUCUUAGUGAAAAGUCCAAGCCCUAUGAAAAUGGAAAUAUUGUUCACUUGAAAAGUUAACUACUAGACAUAUGAUGAAAUUCCAUUCAAAGUGUAUGUGCUCUGGAGGUUUUGAGUUUUCACAUCACUUGUGUGUAAGCUGCAUACUGCACCAUGACUGGCUCAUAGUCCUGAGAUUUAAGGUAAACGCAAAGAAAACUGUCCUCCAUCACCAGACGAGUGUCAGAACAAAAAGCCCUCGACUGAACUCUGUACGUUCAUCAUUCUGCACAGUGAAGCUUCUAAGUGAGGUAACAAUAAGCAAAAGAUAUUUUCUUGGUGGCAGGGGACUUGAAAAUGGGAGAAAAACAUGUUGUGCUUUGGAAAAUGUCAGCAGUUAAAGGGUAACUGCCAGUCUUACACAUUUAACUGUUUUCACAGGUCUUUGGGGGUACCAAGCUUUAUACUACAUUCUUUACAUAUGCAGUACUACUCCCAGAAGACCUGCAAACACACACUUUAGUGUGCGGAAUCUUUGGAGUUCCCAGUCAAAUAACACAUGAAGCAAUUUACAGUAAUAACUAACACAAACCACACAGCAUAGUCCUUCUAAAUGUCAUGAAAAAACUACUCUCCUUUGACUGUGUCAGCUAAUGCACCGCUUGUACAGUGUGAGCUUCUGAGAGCUGCACUGCAGCCUCAAUCAGUCACAGGGGGAAUUACUGAGGGACAAAAAUGAUCGUGUAUACAACGAUCAUGGAUUUUCCUCAUUGAGACGGCAGCAUUGACAACCAUUCAUACCAAGAAUGCAGGAGACAGAUGCUUGCUUCUGGGUCACAACACUGCAGUGUGUCCGUAAUUAAACAGAAUUGAGAUGAAUGGGGAUCAUUUUGUGCUUAAUUAUGUGGCAGUAAAUCAGUGAAAACAUUCAAUGAAUCAACAAGAAAAUACAGUCUCAACAAACAUAAUAUAUAAGAGAACUGCUGGAGACUAAAUGGUUGUUACGGUGAACACACUCCUGUCGAUCAAUUGCGCUCUACGCUCAUAAUAAACUGCUUCUGCAGCUACACUUCGCCACUAAGAACUUGGCUGGGUGUGUUUGUUCGAGCUGUGCUGAAUGUGUGCGUGUGUGUGUGCCACCCUUUCUCCAGGAGACAAUAGAAAAGCAUCAAGAGAGCCUGAAGAAGCAAAGAGAAGCAGUGAAAUACAGACUAAAGAAACUGGCUGCACGGCAAUCAGAGAUUGCGAAAAAGUCUUUGGUGAUAAGGGAGAGCAUCAUAAGGAAAUACCAGGAGAUCCAGGCCAUCCUGGAUGAGGACCUGAGGAUUACUCUGUCCCACCUGGAGAUGGAGGAGCGGGCUGCUGUCGCUGCUCUGGAUGGACUGGUGGAAAGAAACUGUUCUCUAAUCCAAGAGAUAGAGCAGGACCUGGCCAGACUCUCUGUGGCAAUGGACCAGAAUGACACAGAGCCUGACACAAUGUCUUUCUUUUCAUUUCCUGAGCAGCACGACAUUGAGUCUGUGGACAGAGUGGUGGACGUGUUAAACAGGACAGACCCAGUCAGUGUGAGCCUGGAUGAAGUUAAAGCUGACCAGAUCCUCAGCCUCACCAACAACAUGCUUCUGCUUAUCUGCUCCCAGACCCCGAUAAUCAAGAAACUCUACAAGAGCUAUUCCAGUGAGGUGCGUCUGGAUCCAGAGACGGCCCAUCCAAAGCUGAUCGUCUCCUCUGACGGUGACAGUGCCACCUACACAGACACCUGGCAACAACUUCCUGACCUCCCUGGACGCUUUGACACCACUCUCAAUGUCAUCAGCUCGCAAGGCUACAGCUUUGGCCGCCAUUACUGGGAGAUUGAUGUGACUGGGAAAACUUACUGGGAGCUGGGUGUCACCUAUCCAACCAUUUCCCGCAAGGGCACCACUGAGGACUGCUGGCUUGGCCGGGGCGACGAGUCAUGGUGCGUGGAGUUCUUUGACGGGGAGUAUACGGCCUGGCAUGGAGGGGUGCCCCAUCAGCUGCCUUUAACAAAACGCUUUUAUCGGAUUGGAACCUUCUCAGACUGCCUUCACCUGGCCCUGUGUCCCGGUCAUGACCACAAUGGCACCAACUCAAAGCCUAUUGUAAUCUGUAACGCUGCAUCUCAUACAAGUGAUCUUGGGUUAGCGCCACAGAAAAGCUUUUAGAAAAUCCUUGCUUAAGCACCACUUUCUAGUAACGCACCACUUAUAAGAGUUUAUAAGAUGUAACUAAUGGCUUUAUUAAUAAUUAAAUAAGACUAAUGGGACGUUCUCCUCACCACGGAAGCCGGAGGUCGGAGCUGGGAAUUAUGUCAUAUCUGAGUUGACCACGCACAGUUUUAGCCAGGUAUGUCACUGCUAGCAAUACCAGUUCAUAACAAUGCAUUACAUGCAGUAAUCUUUGGAGUUAUUCUUCCAUUACAUGGUGUUUUGGACAUACGAACACUGAAGAUACGUGGCCAUAGGUCGAGGUUGGACAGUUCUGUGUGUAAGACUGAUUUAAUGACACACAAAUAAGACAGAAGUGCCAGUGAACAGUGUAUUUUACAGCUUUCAAAGCUGUUGAUUCGUGGAGCAGCCUUCUUGGAUUUUGAGGUCGGGGCUGGUUGCAUGGAUCCAAUCAUUAAAAUCUGGAUCCAGCUUUGGAGGGAGGGCCCCAGUCAUUCCUAUGAAAGCCGCUCUGUGGCAUAAGAAGCCAAAUAAGGGUGCCUUCACGGGUAUGAAAUGACCUGUAUUCUUCCCACUCCCAUAGAGUGUACACACUAGAGAUGUCUGCCGACCAAGUCUGAUAACUUCCGGUUGAAACCCCAGCAAACUUGGAUGGGAAUAAAAUGACUCAAUGGUUGUCUCUUCUAGACUCUCCUAAUGCUAUCAGACCAAAUGGCUCAUACGCUGAUAGUGAAACGAGGCAUUUUGUGGGCGUUGUGAUAAUGACAAUAUACAUCCACUGCUUUGUGUCUGCAUCUUUUACGGUGUAAGAAAGAAAGUAUUGUGUCACGUGCUGUUGUAGCUACGUGGUACGGCAGACUUCCCAGUUUAAAUGGAACUCACCAUAAGAGUUUACAGCCGUGCUAGCGGCUCUGUGAGACAAAUAUUAGCAUGCUAACAAGCUCACUCUGACAACUGGGGGGCAACACAAAAGGUUGACCAUGUUCCUGAGUGUCUUCCUAAUGAAUAACAGACUAUUGAAUGACAGAGGAUAAACACCUAUCUAUAAAGGAUUACUUUUAUUUAAGCAUAAAUAAAACCAUUAGACACAACUAAAGGGUUCCUAAUUAGAAAAUGGUACCUUUUCUAAUACUUAACAAGCUCUUCUUUGAAAUAACGGAAUGUAUUUUUGGUAGCAUAGAGGCACAAUGUGAUAAGAAAAAAAAACUUGAUUGUUGAUUUAGUUCCUUUCAAAGAAUCAUUACAUAUUUCUUUCAGUGCCCGCAGAUGUGUGUUAAACUUUCAGAUGAAUGUGCAGAAAUAUUAGAAUCGCUGUGACCCGUCUUUAAGCUCAUCAUAGAAAAAGGUCUGUAAAAUGUUUUGUGCGGGUUGAGUUUGCAUAUUCUGUCUUUACAGCAAAGUCUUGUUGAAAAAAGGUGUUGGUCUUACAUGGAAGUCCUCAAUGUAACUCAUACUGGCACACAAUUGAUGUUCUUGGUACAGUAUACUGGAUUGAUUGUACAAUCAUGCGUUAAGUAUGACACUUCUCUGAUGUUUUAAAGAGAUAUAAAACAUUACCCUGUAGUGUAUCCUGAUAUGCACCGAGUGUAUGUGGAUCCAAAGUCUAGAUUCAAACAAACAAUUGACUCUGCAAAUAUGCUCUCUGAGCCUUUGUGCUGCAGCCAACUCUCACCCUGUUUUAAUCAAAAUUAAUUUUUAUGAAUUUCAAUAUGAAUAAUGUUUCAAGGGCGGCAAAGAUGGUGAUGCUAUACAUAUUAG